CCUCUCCUCCUUCCCUCCUCCUCGUCUCCGCCACCACCCCCUAUCAAAGCGCGCCCGCCAUGUACUUGCGUGCUCCUCGCAUCUUCAUGUUCCUCUUGACCCAAGCCCUCGUCGGCGUCGAGGUCGGCCUCUCGAGUUGGUCCCUCGCGUACGGGUACGAGAAGAAGCACAAGGCGGCAAAGGUCCUCCCUGGUGCCAAGCUCGACCUGAUGGACGCGUUCGCGGUCGGCGGCACCGUCACGGCGGCGGCAGGCCUGUCGUCGAUCUUGUGCGGCAUCCUCCUCCUGUACACCGUGUUCCACCCGCGCAAGCCCGAGACGCUCAAGACGAUCCGGGUCAAGGAGGCCCUGUUCGGCACGGUCGCGUUCCUCCUCCUCGCGGCCCUCAUCCCGGCCACCGUCAUCACGGCGACGCGCUCGGGCGUCAUCACGGCACCGGGCAUCCCGGCCUCCAUCAUCCAGACGCUCGUCGCGUCGACCGGCGAGGACCUGCGGUACCGCAAGCAGACCCCGAUCAUUUCGUACUUGAUCGUCGGCUGGAUCGCCUGGCUGUCGACCAUCAUCACGGGCAUCCUCGUCUCGAUCGCGGCGCGCAAGACGCACAAGUACGGCGUCGACCAGUCGGGCACGCUCGCGACGGCGCACCACCACCACCACCACGACGGCGCGCACCACGGCGCGGCCAUGUCGGAGCGCGAGCGCUCGCUCGGCGAGAACGACUCGGCCGUGCUCAACAGCACGACGACGGCCGAGAAGGGCCACACGCAGCACGUCGACCACGACCACCAGUGGUCGCGCGCCUGA